AUGGCAUCAUUUAUUCCAAAGUCUUUAUCAACAAAUAAUCAAUCUGUCAAUCCAUUAAUAACUAAUCAAUCUCAUCAAUUUACUGUAUAUAUAGUUGCUGAUGGUAAUCAAGUUCAACUUGUUGAAAUACCUGAUUAUGUUAAAAAACCUGUCAUAUUUCGAAAUAAAAUUGGUAAAAUUCUUCGUUCAACAUGUCUACCUGCUAUGUCAAUAGGUCAUCAACCUGUUAUAGUUCCAUCUGAAACAAAUAGAAAUUCUUUUAUAUUAUUCAAUUCUUCAAGAACAAAUUUUGUUCAACAACAACAAACUUCUACUACUUCUCUUGCAAGACAACAACAACUAUAUCAAAAUUUUUCACAAACAACUCCUACCACUCAUACAAAUUCAUUAGUUAAUAUACAACAAAAAAAUUCAACAAAUGCAACAUUAUGUUCAACAUCAACUUUAAAUGAACAUAAGAUGUUGAAAACAUAUGAUAGUGAUAUAUCAUCAAUAUAUAAUGAUAAUAAUUCAUCAUCAUAUGAUAUAUCUGAUGAUUCAAUAACAACAACAACAAUAAGAUCAAAUGAAGAAUUAAAUAUUUCUCCAAUAAAUAAUUCUAAUGAAACAUUAAAUAAUAAUGUUAUUAUUAAAAAAGAACGUGAUUAUCCUGGUUUUGUAAUUAAUCAAUUAUCUCCAAUUAUGUUAAAUGAUGAUCAAGAAAAAAAUGUUUUAUUAUCACAUCCAAAUUCAUGGACGGUUUUACAAGUGGUUCAUUAUAUGGGUUCCAUGAAUUUCGGCCCAUGA